AUGGUUCACACACUGCGAUUCGGCGAUCUCGAGGUUCCCUCGCCCGGCUUCGGCGCCAUGGGACUGAGCUUUGGUUUGGGAAGCAAUCUCAGCUUGGAAGAAGCAGAGCCCGUUCUUUUGAAAGCCAUUGAACUCGGCUGCACGUUUUGGGAUACUGCGGUUGUGUAUCAAGCUGGUGUCAACGAAAAGCUGCUGGGAGACUUUAUCAGAAAGCACAAUGUUCGGGACAAGAUCUUCCUUGCCUCCAAAUGUGGUUUCGAUGUCUUUGGCGACGGCAGUGUCACAAACUCGCGUGCUCACAUUGAGACGUACAUUGACGGAACUAUUGAAAGGCUCGGUUUCACUCCUGACCUCUAUUACCUCCACAGAAUCGAUCCUAAGACACCUUUGGAAGAGUCCAUCCCUGCCCUGGAUGGAAUCCGCAAAGCAGGCAAGACUAAGUACAUUGGCUUGUCCGAAUGCUCGGCAGCCACUCUGAGGAAAGCAAAUUCCAUCGCCAAGAUCGAUGCCAUCCAGGCUGAAUACUCUGCCUUUGAGACCUUGCACGAGACCGACGGCCUCAUCGACACGGCCAAGGAAUUGGGUGUCGCCUAUGUUGCAUACAGUCCUCUUGGCCACGGAUGGCUUGUAGAUGACUUUCCCUUCAAGUCGCCCGACGACUUUGCCCCGGAUGAUUUCCGACGGAAAGGCAAGUACACUCUUGAUUAUCUUUUCAUGUUCUUUUUACCAAAAUUCCAAGGCGAAAACUUUUUCAAGAACCGCAACAUCGUGGAUGAGAUCAAGAAGCUCGCGACGCGCAAGGGCUGCACGCUGACCCAGAUCGCCCUGGCCUGGGUUGCGGCCCAGGGCAUGAUUGCCAUUCCGGGCACUACCAAGGCCAAGCGGCUCGAGGAGAACUGGGCUUCGCGCGACGUGGAGCUCACCGAGGAGGAGAAGCAGGAGAUGCGCAAAAUCAUUGAUGCGGCCAAGCCGCAUGGAAAUCGUUACGCCCCGGCGCAGCAGGCCAUGGUGGGACAUUAA